AUGCAAACAAAAGACUCUGUGGAUGAUCAUCAUCUCGGAAAUGUCCGGUUUGAAUUGGAUAUUUCUUUCAUUUCAGCAGAGAUGAACAAUUCAUCAGCAUCAUCAUUCACGAACCAUUCUCUAGAGCCAAUGAAAAAUAAUUUAUUAUUUGAGAAAUUAAGAGACCGAAUGCGUCGGAGGCUCAAUCCUGCACUCAGAAAAGUUCAACCAUUCUCUUUCAAUUUUACACAAGUGGAAGAUGUCGCAAUCACGAACGGGUUGCAACGAGGAAAGGAAUGCUAUGAUCCUUUCGAUGUAAAAAUAUCCUAUAAUCAUCAGUGUAUUUUAGUGAGUGCUCAUGAAGCGCAGAGUAUUCAAGUGUUUGAUUUACAAACAAGAAAACUUCAAUUUUCAAUUUCUACUGGUUACUUGAAUCCGUGUUAUAUGGCCAUUGAGGAAAAUUAUAGCACUAGCUCUAAAAACAGAAAAUAUAGCGAUGCAUUGUUGUUAAAUGAAUGUGAAUCGCAUUAUUGUAAUGGUUAUCUAUGCAAGUAUGAUUUAGAGAGUUUGUUAGAACUACAACAAACCAUGACCAAUUCUCAAUAUAAUCGCUCAUGGAUUUGGAAAGCUGAUGGACUUGAAUUUCCAGAACAAGCCAUAGUCGUAUAUUCCAUACAUUCAGAGAACAUGAUCUAUGUGUGUGAUAGUGGAAGUACUUGUGUUCGAGUGAUCAGUGCCAAUUCUGGAACUACACUUUCUACGCUGUCAUUUGAAACUCCUAUUCAUCAUCCUUAUGGACUACUUUUCACCAAUCAAGGUGAUUUAUUGAUAAGUCAAGGAAGCGAAGCCAAUCGAAUUGAACUCUUUCGAAAGAAUGAAAAUUCUGCGAAUUGGAAAUGUAUCAAAACACUUCAAAACAAGGGCGCAGAAACAUGUUUUGUCAAUGCCUUUUAUUUGCACCACGAGAAGGAGACGGAUCACAUCAUUGUGAGUGCAUGUGACGACAAUGAAUUACAAGUGUUCACAAAUGAUGGAACUUUUGUAAAAUCAUGCAAAAUAGACACUCCAUCAUGGUCACCGAUUGGAAUUUGUUUGAAUGAAUUAACUGGAGAGCUCUACGUGUGUGGAAAUAAUCGUGCAGCCGUGCGAAUUUAUAAAUAA